AGUGAAUCAGCCCAUAUGACCGAGAAGGAGCAAAACAACUAAAGCUCCCUCAGCCAGGGCUUAGCUGAAACUCAGACUGGGGCUCUCCUAAUGAGAAUCCAUAUUAAGAGUCUUCCCUGGUGCUGAAGUUGGGCAAGUAUUCAUGCUCAAGCUGGGAUUUUCUUGGAUAAAAGGAAACGCUGGUUUAUUUUCUAAGGUGUAUGUAUUUCAAGGAGACAAGAUCACAAGAGUGUUUUAGUCAAGUGAAGUAAAUAUUUUAAGAAGGAAAACUCUUUUUUGUUUAAGAGAAGAAAAUGGCUUGGACAAUUGCUUGAACAGCGUCUUGGUUGCUGACAAUUGAGGUUGACAGCUUUGUGAUUUAUUUUUAGCUAGAGAAUUUUGUUUAAGACAGAAGUACUUCAGGCUGUGUAGCUUUGGCAGUUGCUGCAUAUUCAGUGUGGGUGGAUGGAACUGAGAAGUCGCAUCUGUGCUAACAAGCAUUUUGGGAUUGCAUUAAAAAAUUAAACUCAUGUACUGGAAACUGAAGCUGUAUCAGCUCACCUGGGGAGCUCUACCCUCCGAAUACCCUCCAGAAGAGGCCCUGCACCGCCCCUAUGGUUGCGAUGUUGAACCCCAGGCACUGAACGAAGCCAUCAGGUGGAGCUCCAAGGAGAACCUGCUUGGAGCCACUGAGAGCGAUCCCAACCUCUUUGUUGCACUUUAUGAUUUUGUAGCAAGCGGUGACAACACGCUCAGUAUCACCAAAGGUGAGAAGUUGCGAGUCCUGGGUUACAACCAGAACGGUGAAUGGAGCGAGGUACGUUCGAAGAAUGGGCAGGGCUGGGUACCAAGCAACUACAUCACACCAGUGAACAGCCUGGAAAAACAUUCAUGGUACCAUGGGCCGGUGUCACGCAGUGCAGCAGAGUAUCUGCUGAGCAGUCUCAUCAACGGCAGCUUCCUGGUUCGUGAAAGCGAGAGCAGCCCCGGGCAGCUAUCCAUCUCGCUCAGGUACGAGGGACGCGUUUACCACUACAGGAUCAAUACCACCUCAGAUGGAAAGGUUUAUGUGACAGCAGAGAGCCGUUUCAGCACACUAGCCGAGCUAGUGCACCAUCACUCAACAGUAGCUGAUGGCCUGGUGACGACUUUACAUUACCCAGCACCGAAGUGCAAUAAGCCCACUGUCUAUGGAGUGUCCCCCAUCCACGACAAGUGGGAGAUGGAGCGGACUGACAUCACCAUGAAGCACAAACUUGGGGGAGGGCAGUAUGGCGAGGUGUACGUUGGUGUCUGGAAAAGAUACAAUCUCACGGUUGCUGUGAAGACAUUAAAGGAAGAUACCAUGGAGGUGGAAGAGUUCUUGAAAGAAGCUGCUGUGAUGAAGGAAAUCAAGCACCCAAAUCUAGUGCAGUUAUUAGGUGUGUGUACCCUGGAGCCACCCUUUUACAUUGUGACAGAAUACAUGCCAUAUGGGAACCUACUAGACUAUUUACGGGAAUGCAACCGGGAGGAAGUGAGUGCUGUUGUGUUACUCUAUAUGGCCACUCAGAUCUCCUCUGCUAUGGAGUACCUGGAGAAGAAGAACUUCAUUCACAGGGACUUGGCAGCACGGAACUGCUUAGUUGGAGAAAAUCAUGUGGUGAAGGUGGCCGACUUUGGCUUAAGUCGACUUAUGACUGGAGAUACGUAUACAGCUCAUGCUGGAGCCAAGUUCCCAAUCAAGUGGACUGCUCCCGAGAGCUUGGCCUAUAACACCUUCUCAAUCAAAUCAGAUGUGUGGGCCUUUGGGGUGCUGUUAUGGGAAAUUGCUACCUAUGGGAUGUCACCGUACCCAGGCAUUGACCUCUCUCAGGUGUAUGAUCUGCUGGAAAAGGGCUAUCGGAUGGAACAGCCGGAGGGGUGCCCUCCAAAGGUUUACGAAUUGAUGAGGGCAUGUUGGAAGUGGAACCCGCCUGACCGACCUUCCUUUGCUGAGACCCACCAGGCCUUUGAAACCAUGUUCCACGACUCGAGCAUCUCGGAGGAGGUAGCAGAGGAGCUUGGAAGAACAGCCUCCUCCUCCUCCAUAGUUCCUUACUUGCCCCGGUUGCCCAUGCUUCCCUCCAAGACUAGAACACUGAAGAAACAGGCAGAGAACAAGGAGAACAUUGAAGGAACACAAGAUACUCUGGAGCAUUCGACUUCCAGCUCAGCACCAGGUUUUAUCAGAAGCACACAGCCGACAAGUGGGUCUCCCGCACUGCCUCGCAAGCAGAGGGACAAGUCACCCAGCAGCCUGUUGGAGGAUGCCAAAGAGACCACUUUCACCAGGGACAGAAAAGGCGGCUUCUUCAGCUCCUUCAUGAAGAAGAGGAAUGCUCCCACACCUCCCAAGCGCAGCAGUUCCUUCCGGGAGAUGGAGAAUCAGCCCCACAAGAAAUACGAGCUAACGGGUAACUUCUCAUCUGUUGCUUCCUUGCAGCACGUGGAUGGGUUCGCUUUUGCUCCCACGCAGCAGGACGCGAGCGUGGCACCACCCAAGUGCUACGGUGGGGCCUUUGCGCAGAGGACCUUCUACAACGACGAUGGCACUGGUACCAGCAGUGGUGGGGGCAUAAGCACUGGUGGUGGGUGGUCAGGCAUCACAGGUUUCUUUACACCACGGUUGAUUAAAAAGACACUGGGUUUACGACCAGGAAAACCUACCGGCAGUGAAGAAACUUCAAAGCCUUUUCCAAGGUCAAACUCCACAUCUUCCAUGUCCUCAGGGCUUCCAGAGCAGGAUAGGAUGGCAAUGACCCUUCCCAGAAAUUCCCAGAGGUCAAAAAUUCAGCUGGAACGGACAGUGUCCACCUCCUCUCAGCCUGAUGAGAGCAUGGGGAGGGCCACCGACCUGCUUCCCAAAAAGCUGGAAGAAGGCCCUGCUUUGACCAGAGAAAGACCAAAAGCAAAACUCUUGCCACGGGGUGCCACAGCCCUCCCUUUCCGAACCCCCUCAGGUUUGGAAGAAAAGGAGAGCCCAGGGCUAGCAGCAGCUCCUAAGAGCAAAGAAAAAAACAGUGGCCCAAGGCAAGGGGCCCUUGAAGAUGGCGAGAGACCGGGGUGGUCCUCUCCAGUCAAGGCUGCAGCAAUACUUCCAACCACUCAUAACCACAAAGUGCCAGUCCUAAUCUCACCCACUCUAAAACACACUCCAGCAGACGUGCAGCUCAUUGGCACAGACUCUCAGGGUAAUAAAUUUAAGCUCUUAUCUGAGCAUCAGGUCACUUCUUCCGGCGACAGGGACCGGCCCAGACGGGUAAAACCAAAGUGUGCUCCACCUCCACCACCGGUGAUGAGGCUCCUCCAACAGCCAGCUGCUUGCGCAGAUGCAGCAGAAGAGCUGAGCAACGGGGCGGGAGCGCAGCACGGACUGGAAUCAAGCGAAGGGAGUAAGAAGGCAGCAGCAGCAGCACCUGUUGGUGGAAAAUCCGGGAGGCCUGUGAUGCCUCCACCUCAAGUGCCUCUGUCAUCGUCUUCCACCUCCCCAGUGAAAAUGGCCAACGGCACGGCUGGCACAAAAGUAGCACUAAGAAAGACCAAACAGGCGGCCGAGAAAAUCCCAGCAGACAAAAUCAGCAAGGAAGCGCUGCUGGAGUGCGCAGACCUCCUCUCGAGUGCCAUCGCUGAGCCAACACCAAACAGCCAGCUGGUGGACACAGGGCAUCAGCUGUUGGAUUACUGCUCAGGCUACGUGGACUGCAUCCCACAUACACGCAACAAAUUUGCCUUCCGGGAAGCCGUGAGCAAACUGGAACUCAGCCUGCAGGAACUGCAGGUGUCCUCAACAGCUGCUAGUGUCCCUGGGGCAAACCCCGUCCUUAAUAACUUAUUGUCGUGUGUCCAAGAAAUCAGCGAUGUGGUGCAAAGGUAGCUACUGUCAGUCUGGGUAAGAGACGUACACAUGGGGAGGGGGGGACUUUUUUCUGUACUGAUGCUUUCAAAAGGAAAGACUGAUACUUGAGUAUGUGAAGUACCUCAGAUCACUGAGUUCUCCUCACGUUUACAGGUUCAUCUCAGAAAAUGGGGAUGGAGAGGGUAGAUUAAAGCUGUAAGGGGCAGAACAGCAGGUGUUUGUCCCUACCUAGUCAGUCUAGUCUGCUUGGUGUGGCGAGGAAAGGAGGAUCCUUGCUCCUCCUGUUGAGAGGCAGGAGAACCGACGGCAGGUUCUGCCUGGGAAGGACGGUUUGGGGCUGGUGGCUGGAGUACUGCAGUGGCUGCAGAAUUUGCCCCAUCUGCACUACUGCAUGCUGCGGCCCCCGACACCGCGCAGAAAGGCGCAGGGGUGCUGGUGGUGCCAGGGGCUGAGCAGCUCUGCAGGAGGGUGCGUGCAGCUGGGGCAAGGUCUGAUGCACUGACAGUAUUCAGAGCUGCUGCAGGUGGAUGCACUAGCCCCAGUGGCGUACUGCCACAGUGCUGUUUGCUGCUGUAACGAGAACUGCAAAACUAGUUAAUAUAUGAACCUAUCCCUUUUCCCUCCUGUCCACCUCAUCCACCACGUUUGUGUCUUCGUUGUAGCUGAACGUCAGGAGUGCUGGGCAGACUUACCACUGGAGUUACCCCCACCCCACCUUCACUCAGUUGAUUCCUAUUUCUAGUGGUCUAGCAUGGGUGCCGCUUGAUAGUCGUGUGUGAGUAGUUUGGGGCUCUUGCACAACUUGCCAGUGUUGUUAUUGGGACGGGGCGGGUUGGUUGUUUUUUUUUUUAAGCUUUAAAUUGUUUUUAACUCGUUACCAGGUUGAUGCCCCAGUUUAGUUUCAGCACCUUGAGGCCCUGUGGUAGGUGAGGCAAAGCCUCUGCCCCAGCAGCCCCUGGCUGGUCUCUGCUCUCCUCCAGCAGCCAGUGCUGUGCAGCCAGAGGCAGGAGCAGCGGGUCUGCCUGCCACCCACCCUGCACCUCCCGCCGUAGCACAGCCACCUCACCCAGAUUUCUGGGGUUGGUGCUUCCUGUUGCUUACUAGGCCUGCAGGCUUCCACCUUCCCUUGGCAUGGAGGUGACUAUGUAUGCCAACAUGUGAGUCACGGCCAUCUUUUAAAAUUGGUUUAUGUGUUUUAAAGACUGGACCAGGAUCUCAUGCUGUGGAGCAGGAACACGCACAUAAACUGUGCACUCUGCCUGAAACGUGACAGAAGGUGUUACCGCUCCACUGGGUUAUGGUCCCUGCUGUUUGUUGCCUACUGACAAUCCCAGAAUGAAAGCAAUCGUGUGGUUGGUUGGCUUCCCUGCUCCUAGUGCUGGCUGUGGACUGCUGGGGGCCUCAGAAAGCUGGCUGCGUGCGCACAGCUCCCUGAGAUCGAAGUGUACUGGCAAGUAGGAGGACCUCAACUAGUUGUUGGUUUGAGAGGACGCAAACAGGCCUGAUACCUGUCUCCAGUACCCGUUACCCUGCAUGCUGCUGCUCACUUCACACUAUUUGUGAUGAUAGAGGAUCUGGCUUGCUUUGCACCUUAAUUUUUUUUUUUUUUUUUUUUUUUUGCUAAAAUGCUUUUUUUUAAACUUGUUUUUAAAGUGUGACUGUGCUGCUUUUAGUUUGAGCAUUUAGAAUUGAGCUGGGGCCCAGGUGUGACCAUAGACAGUUGGCACUCCAGUUCUGUCUAGAAGCGAUGCCCUGCUGGUGCUCGGAAGUAGGCUGGGCCGUCUCAGCCCACAUCCCUGUUCGUUUUCCAUGGAGCACGGUGAGACAGUGGCCUGAAAAGCCUUUAGAAAGGUGCUGGUGUCUGAGAAUCCUCACUCUAUUACUGGUCUGUGGUAAACAGAGGUGUGUGGCACGACGUGUGAAUGCACACCAGUGGAGCAGAAUGUGAGGUAAAAUGGACCGUGUGAGCUUCACUGUCAGAGUGAGUGAAAUGGUGAGGGGAAAAAACCACAACACAAACCAAAACCCUCCACCUUAAGUGACAGGCAUUAAAGUGAAGCAGUUGUUCCUACGGGUCAGUGAGCUGGUACCCAAGUGACAACAAAGGAAAGUCAGGCUGACUAACCCACACUGUACACCAGCCUACCUGAUGAAGCCGGCUGUCUCCUCCUGCAGUAGGAUUUUCAGCUUGUCCAGGAUCUCCUCUGGUCCUUACGCUCCAGCCCGCACGUCAGCGGGGCAGGAGGAGGCUGCACCAGGCUUCUUCCACCGUGACACUCAGCAGCAAGGCAGAGUACCAAACCGUUAUCUUUCAGACUUUACUGAGGGCUUUUGUGGUUUACCUUAUCUCUUUCAGUCAUCUUUACUGAACCUGGGCAUCACUGCACACCAAGCUAACUGCCUUUGGAAAGGUCACCUGCAAAGGGAAGAAGUCUGAUGGUGUUGCUUCAUGUUGCCUUUUAAACAAUCAAGGGAGGCAGGUUGUGUUUGCCUUGGCAGACAAUCGUGUGGUUUCAUCAUUGUACUACUUCCCAGCCUAGUACAAACAGACUGAAACUGAAGUGGUUACUCUCAGGGGAAAGGUAUUUUAACCAGAAAAGUAUAUGAAUAUUAGUCAGUUCUGAUGAGUGUUUUGAAAGAAGCUUUUUUUUUUUUUAAACACCAGUCUUCCAGAAUGACUCCAGCAAAAGUGAUAAAAUAGCAAACAAUUCUUGGCAUUUCUAGUUAUUAGAACAGAUCUUUCAAGCUUUCUUACUCUUUUAAAGCAACUAAUUGUGCCCCAGCAGAGGACUGGUUCCCCUCCCCUGGUUAUCCAUGCUUUCUCUCCAGAUGCUGCCUGGUUUCUGACCCCCACCCCCCCCCCAGGGUGGUAGUAGUGGGACAGGGCUGAGGCUGUGUUACUACUACAAGCCGAAGAAGCCACCUGCUUUUAGAGACUCCCAGACCGCUUGAGGCUGGCAGGGACCGCUGGGGCCCAUCUGCUCCAACCUCUGCUCAGGCCACCCAGAGCAGGCUGCCCAGGACAGUGCCAGGCAGCCUCCGAAGCUCCCCAGGGACUCCUCAGCCACUUGGAGCAACACAGAAGCCCAUCCAGUUCUGGUCCCUUCAGUGGAGGUAAAACACCUAACAGUGGAACUGGGGGGAUUUGCCGGUCAUCACUCCUACAGGGAGCAUUUUUUGUGCUGUAGCUGAUUGUCAUAGUCAUCAGAUAGGUGGAUGGUGACAGAGGUACUGCUGACUUGACACUAAUUUUAUUUUCUCCUAAAUAAGAGACUGCAGACUUGCCUCUACCUCCACUGCCUCUCCCGCCCAAUCUUGUUUUAUUCCCAAAUGAGAAUUUCCCCUCACCCUCUGGAAGGACAGCAAAAGGACGCUACCUGGAAAAGCCUGAUUAUGCUGUAGCUCUCAUUCAGUCUUUCUUCCUUCCACGUUGUUGCAGGUCCUCUUCCCUCUGCUAGAUUUGACUUUGUGUUCAGCCUUGAAGGGCUCCACUGUAGCAGCUUCUCUGCGUUCGCCGUUGCAGUGUGUGUGUAAAGCACCGGAGGGACAGUGAAGCCCUGUUAGUGCUCCAGCACAGAGCACCUCUUGCUCUGCUGUUUAUGGAGAAAGCAGAAACUCCUGUUGCGUUUCCUUUCUUCACCACUGUGAGAAGGCCUCGUGUGGUAAAGAUGCAAUCACAGCCAGGCUCUCUAAUUAACUUGCACUAGUAUGGACUAGAAUUUAAAGUAGUCUCCUUUGCAGCAGGGGAUGGGAUCACAUAGGGCCUGGUAACGGCGAGCACAAAGCAUGCGCUCGCGGGGCACUUUCCCUUCCUAGCUCCCGGGGAAUUGGCUGACUCAGAGGCGCAGUUCUCCCCCUGCACUGCACCUGAAAAGCGAGCACCUGGCUGGCAGCACUGAGGGUUAAUUGUACUGUUCAUUAGUGCUGGCAGGGGUGAAGCUGAAUUAAGAGCUUUGAGCUUGGAACUGCAUCAAACUCAGCAGCUGGGAAAGCGGAGCUGAACACAGUAGCAUACCUGGCGCUGAACAUGGUGGGGAAGGUGAGGGUCUGCCUGCUCCUGGCCUCCUCCCACAGGACACCUCUAACACUGCUUUGUGUCCGUGUGACCCUAACAGCUGCACGUUGGCAUCCCAACUGGGGGUACUUACCCUGGAGUUUUAUGGCACACUGCUCUCUGCGGGCAGCAGGAACAAAACCCCUCAGCAUGGGGCAAGAGCUGCUCCAAACCUGCUGUUACCAGAGCAGGCCCUCCCCACCAGGCAGAGGGUGCCUGAGCAGCACGAUGGGCUGGGCUGGGGCCUCUGAGGAAACCCGAGGCUGGUGCCUGUGCUGCAUACCCAAGGCAGGACCCCAUGCAGCUCAGCCUUUCGCUCAUUGGUGCUCCUGGGCAGCAGCAGCUGGGACAAACACCAACACUUGGGAAGCUGUUGUCUGCAGGUGUAACAGAGCACUACCUUCUCCUUUAAAACCCUUGGUCCAGGCCUGCUGUUCACCAGGAGCUGCCAGAAACUGAGGGGCAGCAGCUGCAGUGUGCUCGGAAACCUCCCGUGUCAGCGCAAGCAGCACUAUCCAGCAGCUCCUGCACAUGGGUGUUUUGCAUGGGUGGGCACCGGGGUGCACUCCGGUCGCCUGUAGCAUAGACCAAGGCCUUGAGCCUGUUCCCUGGGGGGAGGAAGUAACAGGUUCGGGGGCACCUGGACUUAGCUGCAGUGUCUAGAAAAGAGAAAUGUCUGUACCAAAGGAGGUCACGCUUCCAAAUGUCUCCGUUGUGUGCAGGGGGUAGAGCCCGCUCAGCUUGGCAUGCUGUUUGUGUCAGUAGUGAACUCACUGAGGGCAGGAAUGGAUUAAGAUGAAACACGUUAAUCACCAAUCACUCUACCAGUGUUGUCAACUGUUUUUGUUUUUAAUUGUUAUUGUAAUAUAUUUUGGUUGUUUUUCUAAUUUAAUUCUCUCACUAUCGUCUGACUGUGAACUGCGAACAGUGUUAAACUUGAUGUAAAUAAGGCCUUCUGAAGGGCCUCUUUGCCUGUCGUUCCACAAAGUUUUGCCAAUUUGCAUUUUGUUUUAAAUAAAGGUUGCAAUAUUUUAUUGGCAAAAAAA